AUGGAGAGAAUCACACGCAGCUGCGCUGCCGCGGUCCUGCUGGCCGUCAUCAGCUCAUGUCGCCCAGUCACUCUGGACUCCAUCCGCUGGAGCAGCUCCAACACACAAUUUAGUCCGGGUCAGGGUCUGGUCCUGUAUCCUCAGAUCGGGGAUAAGAUGGACAUCGUGUGUCCCAGGGCAGAUGCUUCCUCGGGGGGAAAGGAGGAAUUCUACCGAGUGUACCUGGUGUCCAGAAGUCAGAUGGAGAGCUGCACCAUCGCCAAGACGGACACGCCCCUGCUGAACUGCGACAAGCCUCACCAGGAUGUAAAAUUCACAUUCAAGUUCCAGGAGUUCAGCCCCAACCUGUGGGGUCUGGAGUUCCUCAAGGGGAGGGACUAUUAUAUCACCUCCACCACUGCAGGCUCUCUGCAGGGUCUGGAUAAUACUAAUGGAGGGGCAUGCAGAUCCAAAUCCAUGAAGCUUGUGCUGAGAGUUGGCCAAAACUCUUCAGAUCCACCUUCAGUCCUCCAGGAGUCCCCCACCAGGUUUCCACCCACACGACCAAAGUCCAAGUCCAAGGAUCCGUCUUCAAAAGAAAAGAAUAGAAAAAGCAAAACUGACCCGGACUCAGAAGCGGAACAGAAAAACCCCAGUGGCGGCGGCGGCGGCGGCUCAGAGCCGGGCCUGUUGAUGCAACCGGGUUGGUUGAUGUGGGUGCUUUGUGGAGGUGGGAUCGUCCUCCUGGUCGUCAUCAUUCUGCUGGUCGUGCUGUGGAGGCGCCGUGACCGUCGCUCUGUGCCAGACAGCCAUCAGUCUGCCUCAGUGUCCCUCAACACUUUGGCCGUGGCAAAGCGGGACAGCAUCGGCAGCGACUACAACGACUCGGACCGCAGCGACGCUGUCUUUCCUCUGCGGGCUUCUGACGGCAUGAUCUGUCGUCAUUAUGAGCGCGUGAGCGGCGACUACGGGCCUCCUGUGUACAUCGUUCAGGAGAUAGCGCCCACGACUCCCACCAACAUCUACUACAAAGUCUGAUGUUUGCUGCUCUCGGCUGUGGUUGGUCG